GAAACGAGUUCGGUUCACUUCUAUCUCGUAUUUCUUAAACUUGCUUAUCAGCUAAAUGUUUAAAAAUCCCACUUUUAAGUAAUAUUAUUAUACUGUCGUAAGAAUGAGUAUUUUUGGGAGAAUCACGCGCAAUUUAAUAUAUCCAAAUUAUAGUAAAAGCAUUAUAUCUACGAAUUUAGUGAAUAGGUUACGAAAAUGUAGCAGAAAUAUUUACUGUAGCUCAAAUAUGUGUGGUAAAAUGUAUCAGGAAUUUGAGAAUAAAUACGCAUAUAAUAUUUUAGAAACUAAAGGAUAUACGAUAAGUUUAGAUACUUGUACGGCGAAUUCCAAUCUGAAUGAGGAACAGUUUCAAGAAAUGGUACAAAGCGACUGGUCGAAGAAAUCUCACACGGAAAUAUUUGAAGCAUUUCCUAAAUUAGGUGAAUAUUGUUUUCAAAAUAAUCUGUGCAUCUCAAACACAAUGUUUGAUAAUUACAUAGACUGUUUAACAGACCACAUUCAGCUAGCAACUGACAAAGAAUUAAAAGAUCUAUUCUAUGCUCUAAAUAAAUGGCCUGAAACCAAAUCCAUCAGGACUCGAAAUAUUAUAGAAGUUUGGGUUGCUUUAGAUGAUGAAUGCAUAAAGCGCAUGAAAGAGUGGUCACAUACUGAAGUGUUAUCUUACGUAGCUUUAUUCUACAUGUUGAAUGUGAGCAGAAACAGCGAUUUCACCACAAAAAGUCUAAACAAAUUAGCUUCAAAAGCCAAGCAAUUAACAGCAGAGGAACUUAUACAAACAUUAUUCUUCAUUGGGAUUUCAAGAAGAUCUCCCUUUGAUAUGCACAACUUGGAAAUUGAGUUGAACAACAGGUUUACCCAAUUCUCCAUAGAGGAAUUAGCUAUCAUGUCCAUGGGAUUUUUUAAGAGUAAAACCCCUAUAAGGGAUUCAGAUUUGGCUCUUAAAAUAGUUAACUCAGUUAUACAACACUCAAAAGAAAUACAUGAAGUUUCUUUGGCUGCAUUAUUAAAAAUAAUCCGAUACUCAACUAAAAUCCCAUUAGACAACAGAAUACACAGACUACUUGACACAUUGCAGGAUGAGGUACCAAGAUUAUCAGUUAUGUGCAAUGUACAUUUGGCUCUAGUAGGAACAUCCACAUUAAACUUGCAUGAAGAAUGUUUAACUACUAUUGCUGAAACUGUUAAUAAAUCUAUAGAAAAAGCAAGAAUUAAAGAUUUGGAAAGAUUGGUUCUAUCCUAUGGUACAUUCAAUUUAAAACCAAAAACCAAAGAAUGUUUUUUUACUAAAGUAAUUAAUGAAUUAAGGAAACCUGAAAGAAUAAAUGAAAUUAAUGCACAUGGCAGAUCAUUUGCCUGUUGUGUUGCCUAUUUAGGAAUAUUAGGCAUUUAUCCAACUGAUCUAAUAAAUAAAGUACUAAGUGAAAUUUUUUUGGAAAACACUUAUGGAAAACAAGUCUAUUAUUAUGGAAGAGAAGUUCUUGCACUCAAUAAUUUUGCUGAACUAUUUUGCCAAGAUACACAAAUGAAUCUUCUUGAUAAGAAAGCAGUAAAAAUUAUGGCAAAGAGAUACACAGAUUAUAUACCACGAGAAGAUUUUAAAAAACAAUACAACAUUACAGAAAAGAUGGUUUUAGAUGUAAUGAAAAUACUCAAAGACAGGCGAGGUGGUGAGGAGUUUGUAAUUGGAGAUCAUUUACUACCACAUCAUCAAAGAGGAGAUAUAAUAAUUUGCAAUGAUCAUAAUGGAUCACCUUUACCAGUCAUAGAUAUGUUUCCACCUAAAGAUUUUGGAAUACUAAGGAAACCUCCUGAUAGUAAACAAUGGAUUGUUCUGGUGAUUGCGGGAAGAAAUGCUUUAAUAUAUAAUACAGACACAGCUACAGGAUUGUUUAACAGUAAAGUUAAAGAACUCGAGGCAUUAGGAUAUAAUGCCAUACUGGUUCCAUGGAGCUUAUACUCAAAGUUGGAAACAGCAGCAGAAAAGGCGGAUUUUUUAAAUGAUUUAAUAGAAAAAUCUGUAAAAAAACGAAAUAUAAAAUCAAAAAAUUACCAAGUUUUUUAUUUCAAUUAAUAUACAACAUAGUUCUUUUUUAAUGGACUGCAAUUGUAAUGGUUAGGAGUGCAAGGAAUGUCUUUUUUCCGAGGUGAAACGCUGAUGAUUUCAACCAACGCCGAGGGCACGGCGAGGGGAUACGUCGGACUCCCACCAACUAAAAACACCCUGGGCCCCUUAAACUGCCUGAGCCAGAGCCACGGGAUCGCUCGAGCAUUUUCAGUGCGACUCUGGGCGAAUGGGCAAGGAAUGCCUACUCCUGGCAUCAUCUGCCUCCCAUUCUCCGUACCUUUAUUCCAUUGAUACUAAAGAAAAUGUUGUAAGGUCAAGGUCAGGUAACAGCUGACCCCGAGAGAAAUGUGAAAUACGAUUAGGAAGUAUUAGUUGAUUGUCAAAUGAAAGACCUAGUCAUAAAAAAGGCAUAUACUGUCGAAUUGAGUAACCUCCUUUUCUAGAAGUUGG